AUGUCGUCAACAUCAAGCACUGUUUGCCAUCAAGGGAUGAAAUCAUGCCCCGAGCCUCUUGUUAGGCUCAAACUGGCUCCACCCAGGUCAAAUUUUCCCUCAACCCCCUGUUGGGAUUGCAAGCCUGACCCUCAAGAGACAGAGGAAAUAUCCCACAUUGAAAAAACCAUCACAACCACAAACAACAACUUGAACUUGAUUGACAGCAAGGACGCUGACAAGCCUGGCUGGAGCUUCCUCCAGUCUCUCGGCAACCAGAAAAAUCAGACCACCAAAACAGAGAAAGUCUAUGUCCACCCACUUGUGAAGCGCUCUGCUUUAAUGCUGAGCCCAAAAAGCUUGGAAAUGUGCACUGAAAGCUUAGGCAGCGAGACCGGUAGCGAAAACGGCGGUGAUGACUUUUCUCUUUUUUCGCAAAUUGAUGCUGACAUUUCUUUUCUCUCACUUGAAAGUAGUGGAAAAAUUAACCCAACAUGCACUCCCACUAUUACAAGUGAAAGUUCUAAAAUAUCGAGUGACAAUAAUGUUCGAGCUUCACCAAAGAGAUUGAAACGUAGUGUUGCUACUAGUUUUCCUCCUCCCUUAACAUCUAUCAGUGGCUCCAAUGGUGUUCAAGUGAGGCCUCACAGAGAAGGAGGCCGGCUAGUUUUGCAAGCCGUUACUGUCAGCUCUCCUCCAACCGCCUAUUUCCAAGCCGAGCGUGGUGAUGGCAGGCUCAGGCUGCUUUUGUUGAAGGACCCUUCUCCGAACUGUGACAUUGAAGAAGCUGGAGAGGAUGACUGCGAAGAAGAAUGCCCUGUGGAAGAUGAUCAAGCUGUUGAGAUUGAAGAAGAUGAGGUUCAAAAUCAAAUGGAAGCUGAAAAUGAAGCUUAUGAUUGUGAGGAAGAAAAUGGCUUUGAUGUUGAAACAGAGGAAAUGGAUUGGAAGAGUGGAAAUGUGAAAACAGAGGAGAUGGAUGGGAAUGCUGGAAAUGUUGUUGAAGCAGAGGAGAUGGAUGGAAAUAGUGGAAAUGUUGGGGGUGAAAAGGGAAUGGGGAAGCUUCCAAGGCCAAGCAGAUGCAAAGAAGGUCGGCGUGGGAACAAGAAGAUGGUCAUGAAUUGGCCGGAGUCUUUUUGGGUCGCCACUUAA